AUGACCGCAAAAGGAGCUGUAUCCUGUUCUCUGAAUUUAUCGAUGCUGUGUACAUACAAGGUCAUUGGUUACAACUCACGUGAUCACGUGAUUGGUUUUCCACUCUCCAAACUUGACGGAGUUCCCAUGUCGAAACAAGACUUGGGUGACCUCCUCGCGGAGGUCCUGCCUAAAGAUGCCAAGGUCAAUGUUCGUCACAUCUCAACGCCCCCGACGCGCUGCGAGCCUAUCUUCUCGGCCCCACCGGGCGAAGAUCCAGAGACAACGUUCUGUGAAAACCACUUUCUAGUCAUCACCAUCAAUCGUAAUGAGAAGAUCGAAGAAGAGAUCGCGGUGUUUGCGAUCGAGGUCCUGAUCUACACGACCGAUCGCCUUACGACGCUGUUUGUCUCCAAGGCAGACUCGACCGGGUACCUGCAUCUGCUGCAUGUUCCCCCCAAGACUUCGUUGCUCAGGCUGAUUUCCACUACGUUUCUGUCCUAUCUAGUGCAGACUCACCAGCGGCCAGGUGUCAGGCUGGUUCUCUCGUUGUUUGCUCGCGCUCAGAACCAGUAUCUGUUUCCUGGCAGCGUUGACAAUGCAGGGAAACAUGUCUUGGAUGAUCGGGGGCUGAUUAAAUGGUGGUGUCGAACGAUUGAUCCUAUUCUACGAGAAUACGCACUGGAGUCGCGAGACUCUGAGAACAAGGGUCUGCUCGAUGAAGCCGUGGAGACCAGCAAGAGUUCGGCCACGGCAUAUCUGCUAGUCCCAGGCUGUGAUAAGUACGAGACGAGAGCGUUCUUCCCAGACACGGCAAAAUCAGACGACACGAAUCACCCGCGAUGGCGUAAUUCUUACCCUCUCCAUCAAAUCUGCAAGCAUCCUGGGGCACCUCCCAGAUGCUUAGUCCCGCGGUUUCCAGAUGACCCAAAGGCACGCUUUCUGAUUGAUUUGGACGAUGAGUUGCCAGAAGUGUCAAAGGCGGAUGGCGCUUCAACGCAAGGAUCGGGACAGUGGAGAAGCGUUAAGACUUUGGAUCAAUUUUGGGAGAUGAUGUCUUUUCGACAGGAAUGCUCUGCCGGGAGGCUCGUUGGAUUUUUGUGGUUGGUCAUUAACCCUCCCGGUUUACUCAAUUCAGACGACCUGUCGAACCAGAUGCAGGGGUCGCGAACUUCGCAAACCGACGACACGAGCCGCCCAGAAGAGGCGUCGACGAGAGAGACUGCGGCGAAGAAAGCUGAUGCCGAGACAAAUAACAAUCCCUUCUUCUGGCCGGAAGGCGGACGUGGGGAGGUGAUUCUGGAUGAUUCAGGCUACAAAAGUGCAAUGGAGUGUCUUCUCGAGCAAGACUUCGAGAACGAGGAACUCGCCAUGACUAGCACGAUGACUUGGGUUCGCAAGGUCGCGUCUCUCGCAGACCUGUUAUGGUGGGGUAAACCUAUCACAGGAAAAAAAGAUAUCUCCGAGAUAACUCCCAAGCCUUUGACCACAAACAACUUAAUGGAUUCGGGCCUAAUAGUCCGGAAGAGGAAGAAGGAAAAUCAGGAGGCCGGCAAUGAGACGACUCCUGAUGGUGUCAAUCCUUUGGUGGAGCAAGACCAAGACCGCGCAGACGAGGCUCAGUCUCCUGACAAGAGGCAGGCUGAGAAGCCAGCAGAAACCUCCACUCCUGGAGUCAAUGUUCUCAAUGCCAGCUUUAUUAGAAAGAAAAAGAAGACUUGA